AUGGCUACUAUGGAAGCUCUUGCAGGACUUUAUUUGGAAUUAGGAGAAGAUGAUACUUCUUCAGUGAUAGCAGAUGUUUGCUUGAAUGAUUUAGAUGCUAAUAAACCGGAACUUGAUGAUGGAUUUGGAUCAUUAAAUGCUCGUGCAAGAGCAUUAAAAGGGCUUACAGAGCUUGUUCAGGGCAACACAGAUUCGUGGAAUGAUGCUUUGUCAUAUGUUGAAUUCUUGCAUACAACACGAGAUUUUGAAACUGCAAAAAAGUUGUAUGAGAAUGUAAUCAAAGGGAUACCAGAAAAUAAAGAUUAUAGUGAUCCAUAUAACUUGGCUGUUGGAAACAUGGUAUGGGAGGACAUUCUUUUGGCAGCAACUUGUGCUUUAGGACAACUUGAGAAAUUUGGUGAUGCUGAAGAGAUACUAACAAGGGCACUUACAGUGACUGAAGAACGUUUUGGUUCUCAUCAUCCAAAGAUUGGAAUAAUAUUAACUUGCAUAGCUCUCAUGUUUAGGCACAAAGAAACAAUGGAGCAUUCUAGUUCCCUUAUGGUCCAAGAGUUUGACUGGGAAGGAGAUCUGCCCCUAUCAUUUGCACAAAGAGAUCUGGUAAUUUAUGAAAUGCAUGUUCGUGGAUUUACAAGGCAUGAGUCCAGUAAGACAGAGUCUCAUGGUACUUACCUUGGUGUAGUGGACAAACUUGAUCAUUUAAAGAGCUAA